UAUUGUUGUAGGCGACGCUGGAUGUGGAAAGUCGUGCCUAGUUCUCCAGUUCUUAAAGGGGCAGUACAUUACGAGCGACCAAGAGGAAUCCUCCUUUGAGACUGGCACGGCCAGCGUCUUUGUUCAAGGGUAGAAGGUAGAGUUGAUGGUUUGUGACACCGGCGGCAGCAGCAUGUUCGACAGCCUGCGCCAACUGUCCUACAACGACGGGGACGUGAUUGUCAUGUGCUACUCCGUCACUGACCGUGAAUCGUUGCAGAAUGUGUCGGAAAAAUGGCGGCCAGAGAUGAUGGACAACGUCACCUCUGAUCGUCCCAUCAUCCUCGUGGCAACGAAGACGGACCUUCGAGACUCCGACCUCUCUUUCAGCAACGUCCGUGGCAGCCGCUUUCUUCACCAGUCGCCCGUGACCACCCUCGAGGGUCAAGAGAUGAAAACAGUGGUUGACGCCGUGGAUUUUUUAGAAUGCACGGCGAAACAUGACGUCGGCGUACGUGAGGUGUUUCAGAGAGUGGCCGAGGUUGGUUUGGAGUCUAGUAGGUCACGGCGAAAGAAGUUUUGUCGACAGUCAUGAUGGACGGUCUGUGAGCGGCACCGGUGUACACAGAAUAUAGAUUGACAAGAGGAUUACUGCUUUGGACAAAGAAUGAACAAUCUGCAAACUGUAUCAUGUUUGAAUAAAAAAUGAAUUAUGUUA